ACUCCCCUCCCCGGGGGCUGAGGACUCUGGGCUUUGCCAGUCUCCAGGGCCCCUCCCUGGGUCCCCAGCCGAGCCAUCAGACUUUGGUGGCACCGAGUGGAAAACAUGCCAGGAGGGUUCAUUUCUGGGUGCCCCUGGGGCCCGGGGUCCUGCCCAGCCUGAGCCCCACCCUGGGGAAGGGGGCUCAUUCCCAGGAAUGUUCGUGGGCAACAUUCACAUGGCUCAGCCUCUUCCAGCCGCGUCGCUGGGGUGGCCAGAACUUGGCCCGGCCGAAGGGAGAGCAGGGUGGGGAGGAGGGCUCAGGGGCCUUGGGUUCUAAUCUGCGCCUGGUCCCUGCCAGCUCUGUGCCCGUGGACCGAGGAGACCCCUGGACAGGUGCCAAAGAGCACGGGGCCCCGUGCAGAUCCCUGGGCACUCCACUGGAGACCUCCUUCGGGGACAUCCAAAUGCUGAAGGCUGAUCUCUUCUUCCUCUCCAGGUCCAAGAAGCCCCAGAAACCUCCUGCCUCCGUCCAGGCCAGACCCAAGGAAGCGCCCGCGGGCCCAGGCAGAGAGAGCAGACCCAAGCUGACCAUCUUUGACGAUGAGGCAGAUGAAGAUGACAAGCUCUUUGGCGCCCAGCUGUCCCACGCGGCUCCUCACGCCCCCAGCCGGGACAGCCUCAGACUGUUCGAAGACCCCGACCUAGGAGGAAAGGUUUCCCUGGGAGAUUCCUUGCUUUUACCAACUGCCUGUGAGCGCCACCAGGAGCCUGCGCUGGGCCCAGCGCACACAGACAUCAAUGAUGGCCUGUUUGGAGUGGACGAGGACUUGGAGAAGAUCUUGAGCUUGGGGUCAGAACCCAGACCCCAGGCCCUGCCCAGGGCCAAGCCUUGGGGGCCCACCAAACCAGCAAUCCCCAAGAAGCCUGUGAUCCCACCCCCAAAGGCUGGUGCCCCAAUGGUGAGAGCAGCCCCGAGGGAGGACCAGCGGCCGGUGCAGGUCCAAGCUCUGAAUGAGCUGGACAUCCUGAGGUACAUCCAGGACCAGAAUUCAGCCCACAGUACUGCCCCCAGUCUCUUCUGAAUGAGCCCUGGCUCCUUGGCUGGUGCCCUCGGCCCAGGAGUGAGCCCUGCCCAUGGCCCAGGAGUCGGUCCUGCCCACUGCCCCUGGGACCUGCUGUUAUUACCUUUAUACCGUGGAUCUGACCAUGCUGUGCUGACCUUGACCCCGGGGUGGCGGACAGGAUGGAGAGCUUGGGAAGGACGCCCCACUUGUCAGGACCCCGAGGCUGUGGGGGAUGGAUGGAGGGGCGUGAACAUUCUGGGUAGAGGGAAGGAACAGCCCCAUCCCACGGGAUGAGAGUCAGAAGGGCCAGGACAGACUGCCACAGAGGAACGGCACCCUGGCACCAGGGGAGAACAGAGACACAGACCUGGGAGCCGGGCUCCAUGUCGGCACACAGGCCGUCCGAGAAGGAGCCCGAGUGUAAGAGGGGCCAGAAGCAUCUCCGGCGACGAGGGCCGGACGCCGGGGCCGGACGGGCAUCAUCGUCCUCUGUUUAGAGGCCGCUGGGCAGGCUCGGGCCCCUGGGCUUUGAGCAGAGCAUUUGCCAAAGUCUCCCAGGACGUCUUUGCGGGUGAGACAGGCAGAAGAGACCCUGCUCCCUAACUCUGUGACCUUGCGCAGGUCACUAACUUCCUGUGCCUCAGUGUCCUCAUCCACAAAGUGAGCAGAAUUGCCGGCCUUCAGUGUUUCCUCGGGUUUUUGUCAAGUGCCUCCUAAAGGGAGUGGGGCACGUGUGUCCGGGUUCACUAUCUCACAGCAGGUGCUCAAAU